GCUCUGCUGAUGCAACGGUCGAAAAUAGAGUGUUAUUGAUAAAAAUGACAAUGCUCCAAUCUUUGAAGAGACUAAAAUUGUUGUGAGGUUGUUUCAAGAUGUCAGACCACAUACUGUUGUUGCCAAUGUCAAGGCAACCGAUCGUGACGCAGGUCGUUUCGGUACUCCAAGAUACUACAUGAUAUCAACGAACAGCAGAUCAUUGUUUCUACUCAAUACAAAAACAGGAGCAAUAACAGUUGCGUCUUCUCUUAUGCCGUACGCUAACAGUACGUUCAAUAUGGUUAUCGGAGCUAGGGAUGAUGAUGGUGGGGUUAUGUCGAACAAAGCGAAGCUAAGUGCUACAGUCAUCUUCAAGAUCGAGCCUGCAAGUGCAGAUGUGCUAUGUGUUUCACUUAUGAGCGCAUAUUUGAUGGAAAUUAAGUCAGCACAGUUUAAAAGGAACCUUCAAGAGCUGAUUGGUCUGGACAUCGAGAUUGUUGAGAUUCUUCCUCGAGAAACAAAAAAGGGCUGUGAAAUCAAAUUCAAUGCUUACAACAAAACCACCAAGACGGUUGUCUCCAGACCUGCUGUCUUAAGAACAGUUAAAGCCUCUCUGUUUGGCUGGCAUCCUUGUUGUGAAGUACGUAAAAACUUGGGAUUUGAGCAAGUUGUCAACAACGGAUGCCAAUAUCACAUGAAACAGCAGCGAUCACGCCGAAACCAAAUGACCCCCUAUAGAGAAAGCCUAUUUUUCCAUGACUCAAUGCUGCACUUUAAUACGAAGUUCAAGUGUGCGAAGUCAAAGAAAGAAAAUGAAGUUGGCUGUCUUCAUUAUAAUUUCUGCAUCAAUUGCUUCUCUAUGCGUUGGCGACGUUGCUAAAACGAGGAACUAGCGGAACGUGCGCGGAAUUAGCUGAACGACCGAGGAAUGAUCGCGGAACUAGCGGAACGACUACGGAAUGAAGAGAGAACUAGCGGAACGACCAGGGAAUGACCGCAGAAGGAGAUGAUAGGCGGAAAGAUCAAAGAAGAAAACAGCAAUUCAACUUACUUCAACUUCAACAUUUAUUAUCAGUAUAUUUAAAAUAAUUACAAGUGAUACGACAAUACUAACAUAAAAUAUUGUAAGAUUAAAAAGCAUAUUUUACAUUAAAAAUGAAAUACUGAAGGACACGUAGAAAUAACUCAGAAGAGAUUUCGAGCUUUUGUGAUUCUGAAAGUUACAUGUUAUAAAUAUAAAGAAACAGAAUUAAGGAAAAAUGCAUACAUGAAGUUUUGUCAAUAGCAAUAACAGCAAGAAUCGAUAAAAGAGAGGAAACAACUUAAAGACAGUAAAAGUAAAAAUAAAAAAAGGAACUGAAAUUAAAAGAAAAAGAGAGAGAAAGAAAAUAGGAGUGCAAUUCGAAAGUGUGAUCAUAAAAUACAAUUUGAAGGCCUAUGAAUUUUUUUUGAGUUUAUUUUUAGGUGCUUAUUAAACAUUUGUUUAUUUUUUGUAUUACGCAAUUCAAGAGAAAGAGAAUUCCAAAAUUUAGCAAGCUGAUAAGAAAUAAAUUUUCGACUAUAGUCUGUAGCUCCAAGAGGAAGGGAGAACAAACCCAAAGAGGAUUGACGAGUAUUGUGAUGGUGUAGUGACCUAUCUCUGACGUAAUCAUGUCCUCCAUCGUCUCACUGUGAUUAACACCUUUCAUUGCCUCCGUACUCAAGUAACGUUACGCCCAGUUUUGUAAUUAUUUACUUAGUCAGUAAAUUCAUUAAGUUAAAUUCAUCAGUAAAUUCGCAACGGUCACGCAACAACUUUCAGGGGGUGGAUCCAGUGGGGUGCGAAGGGAACUCGAGCAUCCCUCAGAUUUGAGGAAAACCUUUUGGGGAUAAAAGCUUAUUCUACCGCAAUUUUGUUUAUUAUUAUUUGAACCAUUACCGAGAAGUAUGCACAUCUCCUGAAAUUGUUAUAUCCGCUUCAAUCAAUGCCCCGUCUCACAACUGUUCAACAUUGUUAUUUCAGUCCCAAGGAUUAAUUUAAGGUGCAGUGAUGACCAAUUUUUCAGUGAUGAAUCGAAAAUGUGCAGUGAUAAAUUGAAAAAUGUGCAGUGAUGAAUUACUUCACUUUAGAAAUGCUCCAAAUACUACUGAUUUGGAUGUUUUAAGAAUAAAGACAAAUGAAUACAAACUAUAAUCAAGAGUCAAAUGAGAUAAUAGAAUCAAUCUACGUGUAAAACUCAACUAAAACCAGCUUUAACAAAAAAAUAAUAUACAGUUAAUCACAAACGCACUUCAUAAUGCAAAAAGUGUUUUUAAUAAAAUAGAAAUAUUAUUGGAAAAGAAAUAGACAAAAAGAAUAGUGCAAUAAAUCCUGUAAUUGCUAAGACUCCAAGGAAUAAGCCAAGGUCUGUGGGGUCUUAUAAAGUAAUUAUCUAAAUUAUUUUCAGACUGGAAUUAAUCAAAUGAAAUAAAAGCAUGUAUGUUUAAAAUGAUUGCAAGAAAAUAACUGCUAGAAAUAUUCUGAAAUACAUUUUAAGAUAGUCUAAGGGGCGUGGUCACAAGAUAUUUUCUGCUCGCUCCGCUCGCAGGCAAGCUUCUUCUUUCAGAUUAUCCUAAGGCCUCCGACAACCUGGGAUUACUUGCAUUGCAUGGCCAAAAGACCCAAUGCCACUACCACCAUCAAAUGACGGCCUGUUUCUCUUCUUUUGUAUGAAAUACAAUACGCCACAAUUAUUGUAGUGAAUACCAUUUCUAUCUUUGUUUUAUAUUAAGGUGAAAAAUUUUUUUGGUUUGGGUAUCCAUAAAGUUAGCCAGGUAUAGUUUUGAAAGAUUAGUAGCAGUUACAGAUUUGUAUCAUAUAAACAAACCUCAUAUUACAUAAAAAGUAUGUAAUAUCAGCAAGGCUGUGUUUUGGACAGUUCUUAGAACAUUGAAAUAUGUAACAUAAUUAGAGAUCAAGUCCCUAAAAACAGCAUUUUAUGAAAAGAAACAGCUAGAAACAGUUGA